CCCCGUCGUUCCCGGUUGCCAGACCGCGCUCUUCAGUGUCUUCCUCGACUCGCCCCGCGCUCGCUCUUUCUUGUCGCGAGAGGCUACCCGCUGUUCAGGGAAGUGUUCUGGAAGGACGAUCAUUAUGGCAUCAAGGCGCCAUGUUCAAUACACUCCACUUGCAUUGGAUGACAUGGAUGAAGGUCAUGGAAUGUUGAAGGAAGAAGAUCUUCGUUUUGCCUACAAUCCUAAGGCCCUUGACAGAGUUCCAUGGAAAUCAAUUACCCUUGCUCUUUUUCUUCUUGCUCUUGGGUCAGCUCUUAUUAUUAUGUCAUUCUUCAUCUUUACAGGCCAUAUGGAGGGUGAGCGAUCCCAAGCAUAUGGCCUCUUGACUCUUGGUAUACUUGCAUUUCUUCCUGGUUUCUAUGAGACCCGGAUUGCAUACUACUCCUGGAGAGGUGCUCCUGGCUAUAGGUUCUCUUCGAUUCCUAACUAACGCUCCAGAAGUUCCUUAUGCACUAUUAUGGAUGGUAUUUUUUGCUUUUACUACUAAGAGCUUGCAAUAUGGAAUUACAACUUGUUUAAUUCCAUGUAGAUCCAUGUUUUAUGUGUACCUAUCAUAUGUGCAUUGAGCAUUUUGUGUUGCUUUUGUUAUUUCUGUUUGCAAUAAGGCCCUUACCCUUGCUGAUAUGGGGCUGGUUUUAUGACAUGUAGCAUGCUUUAGUUUCUUAAAUGUUCGGAGGGAUGCACCAAUAACUACCUACCUUGUAAUUUGUUUAAUGUUCUUUGUUACA